GAGACCCUCCGGUUCUCCGAAAGUUUCUGGUGAAUCCUUCCUUUUGGAAACCCGCCUCUCGCCUGCGGGUGUACUUCUCGAGAGGGGGCCCCUGUGCCGCCCCCCUACCCCGGCCCAGAAGGAUUGCGCGUAGGGCUCCCUCCCCUCUCCCGUCUCCUCUCCACGCGCCCCUCUUUCCGCCACGCUGCCCGGGGCCGGGCUGUGUCCAGGCACUGCCUCCCGCCCGCGCGCUCCUGCCGCGCCCCGGGUCCGAAGAGCCACCGCCGCCGCGGCCGGACCUGCACUCGUCGGUGCUCCCGGCCCUCUUGGUGCUCCCACGCGCCCCGGCCCGGGCUCGGCCCCGGCUGCCCGCGCGCGGACCAUGGAGUAGGCGGCGGCCCCGCGACGCGUCCUGCAGCCGGUGAGGCCGGAGCCAGCCCGGGUGGCCUCGCCAGCCGCGGAGUUGGCCAGCGGAGGGGCCCUCCUCCCGCCGGUCCUUCCCCGCUCCUCCUCCUCCUCCUCCUGCUCUCUGCCGCCCCCGCCUCCCGGCCGCCCCGCCGCCCCCGCCGCGCCCGCCGCGCCCGCCGCGCCGCCGCCCGAGGCCGAGCGCGGGCGCGGAGCGUGGGAGCCAUGGCGCGCGAGGAGGAGAGGGACCCCGAGCACCGGGAGGCGGCGGCGCGGGCGAGCGGCGAGCAGGAGGAGGAGGUGGAGGAAGGGGAGGCGGGAGUGAGCGACAACGACGACGAGGACGGCGACGAGGAGACUGGCAGCGGCGAGGAGGACGGCGAGGAGGAGGAGGAGGAGGAAGAGGAGGACGGCUGGGAGCGCAGCGAGGACGCGCGGCUGCUGCGCGCAGGGCUGCCUCCCGCCGCCGCCGCCGCCCGCGAGAGGAGCGGCCGCCGCCCGCCAGUGCCCGCUCCGGGGCCGCCUCCUGGCCGCCCGAGGAUGCCGCCGCCCGGCGACGAGGACCGCGCGCGCCGCCGCCGCCGCCGCCGCCGGAGGGACCUUCUGCUGAGCCAGCUCUGCUUCCUGGCCUUGGUGGCGCUGCUGCUCUGGUCGCUGUCGAGCCUGCGAGAGCAGAAGGAGAUUGACCUCAUGGACCUCAUAGGGGAAGACAGAAAGUGGAUGGUGGGGAGGAAGCUAAUGCAGGUGAACGAAACUCUGACUUCAGAAGAUGCAGGACUCCGAGGCAGCAAGAACUGCACUGAACCAGCCCUGAAUGAAUUCCCCAAAGACUUCUUCACCAACGAGGACAGAAGACAAGGGGCAGUGGUGCUCCAUGUGCUCUGUGCUAUGUACAUGUUUUAUGCACUAGCCAUCGUGUGUGAUGACUUCUUCGUGCCCUCCUUGGAGAAGAUCUGUGAGCGCCUGCACCUCAGCGAGGAUGUGGCUGGGGCCACGUUCAUGGCAGCGGGAAGUUCGGCCCCAGAGCUGUUCACAUCGGUCAUAGGAGUCUUCAUCACGAAGGGUGACGUGGGUGUCGGGACUAUCGUGGGCUCAGCUGUAUUCAACAUCCUGUGUAUCAUUGGAGUGUGUGGACUCUUUGCCGGGCAGGUCGUGGCGCUUUCCUCCUGGUGCCUGCUGAGGGACUCCAUUUACUACACACUGUCUGUGGUCGCCCUCAUCGUGUUCAUUUAUGAUGAAAAAGUUUCCUGGUGGGAAUCUUUAGUCCUCGUACUGAUGUAUCUUAUCUACAUCAUCAUCAUGAAAUACAAUGCCUGUAUCCACCAGUGCUUCGAGAGGAGGACAAAAGGAGCUGGGAACAUGGUCAAUGGGUUGGCCAACAAUGCUGAAAUUGACGACAGCAGCAACUGCGACGCAACUGUGGUGCUACUUAAGAAAGCCAAUUUCCACCGCAAAGCAUCAGUGAUCAUGGUGGACGAGCUGCUGUCAGCCUACCCACACCAGCUCUCUUUCUCCGAGGCUGGUCUUCGAAUCAUGAUCACAAGCCACUUUCCGCCCAAGACCCGGCUGUCCAUGGCCAGCCGCAUGCUAAUCAAUGAGAGACAAAGACUAAUAAACAGCAGGGCUUAUGCCAAUGGAGAAUCCGAGGUGGCCAUCAAAAUCCCAAUUAAGCACACGGUGGAGAACGGGACAGGGCCCAGCGGUGCCCCAGACAGGGGUGUGAAUGGGACCCGGAGGGAUGACGUUGUUGCCGAGGCUGGCAACGAGACAGAGAAUGAGAACGAGGACAAUGAGAAUAACGAGAACGACGAGGAGGAAGAGGAGGAUGAGGACGAUGACGAAGGACCGUACACGCCAUUUGAUCCCCCCUCUGGCAAAUUGGAAAUAGCAAAAUGGACGUUCACCUGGCCACUGAGUUUCGUCUUGUACUUCACUGUACCCAACUGCAACAAGCCCCGCUGGGAGAAAUGGUUCAUGGUGACGUUUGCUUCCUCCACGUUGUGGAUUGCUGCCUUCUCCUACGUGAUGGUGUGGAUGGUCACCAUCAUCGGUUACACUCUGGGGAUCCCCGACGUCAUCAUGGGCAUCACCUUCCUGGCUGCCGGAACCAGCGUGCCCGAUUGCAUGGCCAGCCUCAUCGUGGCCAGACAAGGGAUGGGGGACAUGGCCGUGUCCAACUCCAUCGGGAGCAAUGUCUUUGACAUCCUCAUCGGCCUGGGGCUCCCCUGGGCUCUGCAGACACUGGCUGUGGAUUACGGAUCCUAUAUCCGACUGAAUAGCAGGGGACUGAUCUAUUCCGUGGGCUUGCUCCUAGCCUCCGUCUUCGUCACGGUGUUUGGCGUCCAUCUGAACAAGUGGCAGCUGGACAAGAAGCUCGGCUGUGGGUGUCUCUUCCUGUACGGCAUAUUCUUGUGCUUCUCCAUCAUGACGGAGUUCAAUGUGUUCACCUUUGUGAACUUGCCCAUGUGCGGGAACCACUGACUGAUCCACCAGUGACCGGCGAGGCUCGGUUCCUUCUUUUCUGUGCAAUACGAGAGCCGGCCGCACCCCGAGUCCCGCGGGCCCCAGGGCCGGGCCGUCCGUCUCUCCCGCGCUGUCCGUAGGCCUCCACCCCUGGCCAGGUGGCCCAGGGUCUCCCUGACCCCUUCCCUGGCUCCUCCACCUCUUGGGGUCCUACCUCCCACCCCCUCCCGCCUCCUCCAUGUGAAGACUUCCACAGCAUCCCCGCAAUUUUUCAAGCUCCAGUUUUGAACAGUGACUGAGAUUCUAGAAAAACGGGCUGCUAACUGGCCCAAGCCAGGCAAAACUUGUUAUACUUCCUCUGCCUUUUUUAAGUUAUUUGAUGGAAGACUAAUCUAAUUUAUGACCUGAGACUGUUGCAGAAAUAGAAAGAUUGAUUGUAGGGAGUGUUUGGGAUUUUGUUUUGUUUGGGGGUGAUUCCUAGGUUACUGGGUUUGGGAGUGGUUGUUUUGCUUUGAGGGGGCUGCCCCCCCUUUUUUUUUCCCCCUUUUCUUCCAGAGAUCAAGAACUUCUCUUGCAUCUUCUUCCACUGGGUUCUGGGUUAGUGGAUAAUCCAAAGGUUGUACCUACAGUGUCUUCUGGGACACAUUGGAGCAUGCAUGGAUUUAGUGUUUAUUAAAAGAACAGAUGGGCGAGGCUCCUGGGAAAGAAUGCACGACCUUUUAUACCCAGCCAAGGAUGCUUCUCUAAAGUUCUAUGAAAAUUAACCUGGGGGUGGGGGGACAGGGCACAAGGUUUUCAAGGAAGAAGACAGCAUCCCACAUGUCCAUUUGACCAUCACCUUCUCACUAGGCUCUCUCCAGUUUUUCAAGCAAUAGUUCCAGCCUGCCUAAGGCCUUUGACAAGGGAGCCCUGGUUAAACUUCCCAUCCAUGGAGGCGCCAGGCAGUCAACGACAAAGCUUCCCCAACUCCUGAGUCCCUGAGAUGUGCUCUUGUUGCUUGGUAUUUGGGGUGACAGGGAGUGACCCAGAGGGUCACCACUGCUUUCUGCACAGGAGCUGUAGACACUGGUUUCUUUGCAAAUGGAGACGCGCAUUUGCACAGAUGACGUCAACAACGUCCCAGUUUGCCACCCGGCAUUGAGUACACUGGACCCCGAUGGCUGGCUCUUGGGCACACGUCCUUCCUUCCUUCCAGGAUACCACUGCCAAGCUGACCUGGCUCCCCUCCCGGAGGGAUGACAAGAGAAGGGGAAACCAGAGACCUGACACCUUCAAAGCCACCGAAUGUGUUCAUUGCAGACUCGCUCAAGGGCAUAAGUUAUUGUGGACUAUUUUUUUGCCAAUCACUGCUCCAUCGCUCUGCUAGAUUUUAUAUGAUGCUGAAUUAAUAUGCAGACUAAUCCCACCGAGUUGAGACACACCCAUGCUUGUUACACUUGUAUUUAUUGAAACUGUGGAUUCUUGCCCGUGCCGUCCCUCGUAUUUCCUUUAAGCACUGAUCACUUCCCGUGCAUUCGGUAUGGUUUUUCCCGUCCCUUGUACACCUUCUGGUAUGAAUUGUAAAAAUAACCUGCUACCAGUCGGUCGAAUGUUCUGUCUGUGGUGCACACAGAGGCUGGCAGUAGUCAGUGAGCACUUCGCCCAAGUGAGGAGCAAGAGGGGAAAACACCCAUCUGGGCUCUCAGAGCCAAGACAUGCUUACGGACGAUGUUGCACAUUUUGCACUGGUUUAUGGCGAUUGUUUUCUUUGGACGGAUAGUGUAAAAUAAACUCUGUUCUGUAUUCCUCCUCGAGCAGAGCACAGUGCUUUCUCUACUGGAGUGUUGCCGGCUUUACAUGGGGGAUUAUUCCCAGAAAGUCAAAUGAGCCAGUCCUUGUGGGUCAGAUGUUUGCACUUUUAUUGUUUCUGGGUUGACUCACCUGGAACCCUGGUUGGCAGGUGACAAGUAUGAAGUGGCAAAUUCUGUGGCCUCCACAUCCAGUAGACUGCACAAGACAUCCCAUUGGGGACCCUUUUCUUUAGGACAAUAGGAAAUAAAGAAAUCCCCCCUGCCAGUGCUGACGUCCACUAGUGUCUAAAUUCUCCAUCCAGUCAUAUUUUACUAGUUUUCGUGAGAAUUAAGACUUCCCCAAAGCUCUUUCCUUAAAAGAGACGGUAACAGCUGUAAUAAGCCAUGUUUUUAUCCUCUAUGACUCUUAAGAAAUAAUUGCCCUGAAUCUAAAAAUAGACCAAAGUUAAUAAGUAAGCCAGAAUCCCACCUGACACUCCACACAGUCUAUUAGGACUAGAAGAAUCAGAAG